AAUGAGUCGACUUCAAGUUCAAAAGAAUUUAAUCAAAGUCGACUCUGAUUUUAAUGUAAUUUUAAAUAAUUUGUGUAGAUAUUAAUGUAAAAAUUUAAUUUACAUCAAAAAAGAACAAAGAAAGUAACAAAAUGGAUCGCCCUCCAGCAUUAAUUGAUCCCAAAACGGGCGAAGAAAAGCCAGAUGAGGCUUUAUUGAAGGAAAGACCGUAUCAGCAGAAAAUGAAGGACAUUUGUAUUGAGAAAAAUACGAUAAUUUACUUACCGACAGGAGCUGGAAAGACUUAUAUUGCCAUCCAAGUUAUCAAUCACUUUGCAAAGGAUUUAAUUCCUCCAUUAUCCGAAGGCGGCAAACGCACCGUUUUCGUCGUAAACACCAUUGCCUUAGCACGCCAACAAUUCGAAGUCCUCUCCAAAUCGACAUCCUUCAAAGUGCGUCUCUACACGGGCGACAUGAACGUCGACAACUGGAAAAAAGAACAAUGGCGCGAAGAAUUCGAAAAAUACCAAAUCAUCGUCGCCACAUGCCAAAUUAUCGUCGAUGUCAUAACGUCGGCAUAUCUCUCGGUAGCCGACAUCAAUGUUCUCGUCAUCGACGAAUGUCACUCAGGACGCGGCGAUCACCCAAUGCACCAAUUGAUGAGCAAAUUUCAGAAUGUCGACAAAAAAAUGCAUCCUCGUGUCAUCGGCUUAACGGGCGUCUUGCUGAAGAAAGAUUGUCCGCCGGAACAAGUUGCCGAGGAAUUGUGUACGCUGGAAAAUGUGUUUAUGGCGACAAUUGCAACAGUCGAAAGUUCAACGGCUUUCGCGGAUGUCAUGGAAUUUUCGACAGAUCCUGAAGAAUCGGUUUUGAAAUAUAAUCCUGUCAUGUCUUCCGAAUUGAUAACGAGAUGCGAAAAGGAUGUCGAAUCGUUAAUUUCUUAUGCGGAGGCAUAUCGAAUUGAAGUUCGUUCACAAAAAUCGAAGAAUUUCACGCGAGAUCUCCCAAAUGACGUCAAAGGAGUUAAAGUACUUUUCAACGAUUUCAUCUAUCAAUUACAGGAUUUGGGCAUUUAUGGCGGUUCAAUUGCAAUUUUAGCAGUUCUCGUAGAACUUGAGCUAAAAAAACGACAAUGUGAGAGCAAAAUAGAAACGAAUCUCUACCGUUUCUGCAUCACUUUUGCCGAAAAAAUGCGACGACGUCUCGUUACUGUGAUGGAUUGCGAAAAAUUCGAGUACAAUAAACUCAUGAAAUUCGGUUCUCCGAAGAUUAUCAGUUUAGUUCAGUUUUUGGAUAAACACGUGCAAGACGAAAAAACAUCAAAAGAGCUCAAAGGUCUCGUUUUCGUCCAAAGACGUCACUCGGCAAAGGUCAUUUAUCACAUUUUGAAGAAAAUUUUCGAAGAAUCUUUCGAUCCGGAAAAAGAACCGGAGCCAAAAAUUCGUGCGGAUUUCAUGGUUGGCGCCCGCAACUCCCUGCCUGAGUCAAUUGAAGCGAUCCUCGACGAAAAAAAUAGUCGUCGUGUCAUCGAACGUUUCCGCAAAGACGAAACCAAUCUAAUUGUUUGUUCGAGUGUCUUGGAAGAGGGCAUCGACUUGCAAUCGUGCAAUCUUGUCAUACGUGCGGAUGUUGCCAACACCUUCAGUGCCUAUGUUCAGUCCAAGGGGCGGGCUCGCAUGAAAAACAGCAAAUUCGUGAUGAUGAUUAACAAAAUGGAAGAAUCCAAGGUACUCAUGAAAAUCGACAAAUACAAAAGAGUCGAGGCAAAGUUAAAAGAAUGCUUGAUCGGGAAGACUAUUAACCGAAAAAUGCCGGAUGAAGCGGAAAUUUCAGCAGAACUCUAUAACGAACUCAUUCCGCCGUUCGUUACAAAAGGAGGUGCUACAUUAACAGCAUUAAGUGCCCUGCAAUUGCUCAAUCGGUAUGCAAUGUUGAUGCCACAUGAUCGUUUUACGAGUACAAGUGUCUAUUGGGAGCGGAUUAAUUUGCCGGAAAUUUUCGCAAAACGACAAACUUACACAGUGCGGUUGUACAUGCCCGUUCAAAGCACGAUAAAGGCCCCGAUAGAAAGUGACGAGAUGGAAACUGCCAAAUUAGCGAAACGGCAUGCAGCGUUCAAGGCAUGUAAGCAACUUUAUUUGAAUGGAGAGCUUUCGGAUAAUUUGAUGCCAGUCGAUCCGACGAAGAAAAUUAUUGAAAUUAAGGAUAUUUAUUUCAAGCAUUGGGAGAAUUUUAGAGAUGAAACCUCCGGAAAAGCUGGAACAAAACAAAUGAAACGCCUUCAUGACAUCGUCUUUCCUGAACAACUACUCAAUUGUACUCCGUCAACAAGAACCUCCAUUGCAUACAUACACAUCAUAAAAUGCUCUCCGAAAUUUGAUUUUAGCACAGCAAACGAUAUUUUCGAGCGAAAUCGUCGCGUUUUCUCCGAAUUAUUAUCAAACGAUUGCUGCUUCGGGAUUUUCACAACGAAAAAAUUACCGGAAUUACCUGCGAUGCGAGUCUUUUUGUCAUACGGAGAGAUCCAAGUGAAAAUUUCAGACCCUAUUAUUGUCUCUGAAGCACUUUCUGAAACGCAGUUGAAUCAAAUGCGAAAAUUUCACAUCAUGCUUUUUAAGGAUUUGCUGAAAACUGUCAAAAGUUGUUUAAUUCCCGGCGAAAAUGGAGCAAAUUCGUUCAUGAUUGUCCCGAUGAAGGGAAAUGCGAUUGAUUGGGAAGUUGUGAAAAAUUUCCAAAGCUUAUCUGAGCCUAAAAUGUUGAGUGAACCGGAAAGAAGACGCUUAAAAUUUAAACCAGAAGACUUUUUGCACAAAGUAGUUCGACCUUGUCACAAAACGUACGGAAAUAAUGAUUAUCUCGUCGUUUCUGUCGCCGAGCAUUUGACGCCUUUCAGCGACUUUCCCGAGGACAAAUUCAACAGUUUUGCCGAAUAUUUCUUCGAAAAAUACUCGAUGAACGUCAUGCAACGCGAUCAAUUCAUGAUCGACACAAAAUGUCUCCCAUCGACUUUGAAUUUUUUGAGUGCUGGCGCCGGCUUGGAUGGAUCUUCGAAACGUUCGCAAUACACAACUUCCGAUUUUUACAUUCCCGAAUUGGUGCACAAUUACAAAAUUUCCGGAGAUUAUUGGCUGAAAGCUCUCUUGUUGCCCAGCGUCUUGCAUCGCCUUCAGUUUAUGUUGCUUGCGGAACAUUUGCGAGUCACUCUCAACGCGGCGCUUAAUUUGCCGACAUCACAAUCGAGUUCCGUGCCUUUAGACGUCGAUUCGUUCAAAAAUCAAGCAAAAGAAGAGGAAGACAUGUACGAGGAAGAAAGCGAUUCAGAUUCGGAAGACGAACCGAUGCCCUCAGGAAAAAUUGCGCCAAUAACUUUUCCAAAAGUAAAUGAAGCGGAGCAAAUAAAACGCUUGGAAACGCCAUUAAUGCAGUUGACGGAUCAAUUAAAUGCCUUGACACUGUGGAAUGAGGAGCAAGAACCCAUUGACAUCGACCGAAAUUGGGAAAAUCUUCAAGAAUUCGAGUUGGAUUAUUACAUCAGCUUCAUCACGAACGACUUUGAUAACCACCUUGUCAAGCAAUAUGUUGAAAAACAAGGAUUUUUAAGCGAAAUUCAUCGUUUAACGGCUCCAUCGACUGUACCAAAGGCAAUUCUCGAUGUUCCAACUGACGUCAAAUUCGACAUAAAAUUGUUGAAACACAAAAUUCCCGCAUCUCCUGAGCUAAAAGACGUUUUACGAGCAAUAACUUGCACUUCAUCGCACGACGUCUUCGAUUUGGAACGUUUUGAGUUGCUGGGCGACUCAUUUUUGAAAUUUUCCGUGAGCUUAUAUCUCGUUUAUCGUCACCCCGAAUGGCAUGAGGGAUAUUUGUCGUCGUGCAAAGGCAUGAUUGUCUCAAAUCGGAAUCUUUUUUAUCUGGCAAAUCGCAUAAAUCUACCCGGGAUGCUUAAAUUAUGGCGUUUCGAUCCGGGUCAAAGCUGGAUCCCGCCCCUGUUUCAAGUCCCGUCGAGUGUGAAGGAGAAUAUGCUCGAAAUGCGAUGCAGCGCUCACGAUUUGAACAAGUUGUGUGUGUCAAAGGAUGAAUUUUUGCGCGGCGAAUUGGAUCCGAGGAACGAAAUUAAGUUCAUGGGCAGCAUUCGAGGCAGCGGAAAUCGCGAUACGAGUGACGGAUCGGCUAGAUUGUUGUUGGAUCAACAAUAUGUGCCGGAUAAAGCAGUUGCGGAUUCCAUGGAGUCACUUUUGGGCGUUUAUUUGAACUCGUGCGGUAUUGAACAUACGUUGAAGUUGUUGAAUUUCUUUGAAAUUAUUCCAGAUAACACGACACUUUUGCCAAAUUUGCUCAAAACGCGGAUGCAAAGUGUUAGGAUCAAAGCAGGGGCGACCGAAAAUGAAGUUGACGAGCUUUUACUCAAUUACAAGCAUUUGGAAAAGUCCUUGGGUUACACUUUCAAGGACAGAUCUUUCCUUUUGCAGGCUUUAUUGCAUCCCUCAUACCCAGGAACACGCUUCGAUUGCUACCAACGCUUGGAAUUUAUCGGCGAUUCAGUCCUCGAUUUGCUGAUUUCCGCUUAUAUCUUCGAAAAAUGCGAAAAUAUGGAUCCCGGGCAGAUCACUGACCUCCGAAGUGCUUUGGUGAACAACAACACUCUUGCCUGUAUCGCCGUUCGCAACAAUUUUCAUCUGCAUAUCCUCAGUCAAAAUGUCGCUUUGACCGAAACCAUCACGAAAUUCGUCGAUUAUCAGCGACUUCACGAGCAUCGCGUCACGGAUCAAGUCCAUUUACUCGUCACUGAAAACGACAAAUUGAUGGGCGAUUUUAUUGACGUGCCAAAAGUUUUGGGAGACGUUUUUGAAUCUCUCAUUGGAGCAAUUUUCUUCGAUUCCGGAAGCAAUUUGGAAGUCACGUGGAAAGUUAUUUACAAAUUGAUGCAACAGGAAAUCUGCGAAUUUAUGGCAAACGUUCCGAAACAAAUUAUCAGGCGAUUGUAUGAAUUCCAACCGAAUGCUCAACCGAAAUUUGGAAAUGCGACGCUUGUGGAUGACGUUGUGAAAAUUAAUUUGCGGUUCGUUUGCAAGAACGAAGUAAUUGAUGUUUAUGGAUUCGGGCAGAAUAAGGACGAUGCGAAACGGGCAGCAGCCAAAGCUGCUUUGCAACACUUGGAAAAAGCUUACAAAAAAUUAAAUGCAUGCUAAUUUUUUGUUUUUUUUUUUGUAUAAACCCAGUUAAAUUGAACAAAGAUGCCUUAAUAAUUAAAUUUUGUGAUAAAAUCACAAAC